UUUUCCUUUCCUCAAUCAGUCAGUUUUGUUAAUUAGCUCUGUAAUCUCAUUCCCCACAUUUAUAGCUUUAGUUCUUUAAAACGAACCAUUCGAAAACCAAUCCACACAUAACAUAUGCGAUGCGGCAAGCAGUAAGAACAACUUCAAUCAAGUACGUUUGACAAAACGCCCACGCUUCCCAAAAGCAGUUUUGGCCUUUUUGCAGCCCUUCAACUCUUCUCAAUGAAUCUUCUUCACCCCCUAUGCUGAUCGGAGCUCAUGCCACUCUCCUCCAGCAAUUAUCAGCUCUUCCAUGGCGAUCAUAACUGAAGUUCCAGAUUCGCCCCCUAAACCCCACACCUCACCGCCCUCUAAACCCCGCACUCGGCCUCCCCAUUCCGAUCACACCUCCACUGCCAAGAACACCGCUAACCCAUUUCAAUUCUGGUUCUAUUUUACCGUUUUAGUGUCUCUACUGACUCUUGUCUUCAUCUUUCUGUCUUCUUUGUCCCCACAAGACCCCAAGGCUUGGUUCAUCAGCCUGCCUCCUAAUCUGCGCCGCCACUAUUCCAGCGGCCGCUCCAUCAAGGUCCAGACUGCGCCCAAUCACCCCCAAGUUGAAGUCUUUUCGAUCCAAGAAGGGCCCGUCAAGUCUUCAGACCAUGUUCUCUUUGUACAUGGGCUUGGAUGUAACACAUUUGCAUUUCAGAAGAUCGUUGCUUUUUUAGGUCAGAAAGGGAUUCAUGCUGUUGCUAUCGAUCUGCCUGGUUCGGGAUUUUCCGACAAGUCAAUAGUUGUGGAGGAGGGUGGGGGUGGAGGGGGCUUUGGGAGGCUUCUGGAUGUGUAUAAUGAGAUAUUGGAGAAGGGUCUUUUUUGGGGGUUUGAUCAGCUGGUUGAGAAAGGCUAUGUUAAUUAUGAGGAAAGUGAGCCUCCAAAAAGGAAGACUGUUAAAUCCAUUGAGUUGGAUUCUGAAGAGAUGGCAAGGGUGCUAGGGCAAGUGAUUGAAGCAAUGGGGUUAUCUCCAGUGGACUUGGUACUUCAUGAUUCGGCAUUAAGUUUGAGUGCCAAUUGGGUUUCCGAGAAUUCAAGAAUGGUAAGAAGUGUCAUCCUUCUUGAUAGCGCACCAAGUGAAACAGCAUUGCCAGUGUGGGUGUUUGAAGUUCCAUUGAUCAGGGAGGUUGUUUUGCAUUCUGGUUUCUUGUUCAAGAGACUUCUUGAAAACUAUUGUUCUGGAUCCGUGAGCAAGUCAGACGCUGAGGCUCAUAGGACUCUUAUGAUGGGAAGAGAUGGUAGGAGAGCUGUUGUUGGAAUGGGGAAGAGGCUAAAUCAUAGUUUUGAUUUGGCUGAAUGGAGUGCUUCUGAUGGAGUGAAGGAACUGCCAAUGCAUGUUAUUUGGUCUACAGGGUUUUCAAAAGAAUGGAGUGAGCAGGGGAAUCAUGUUGCUGCUUCACUUCAUCAGGCAAAAUUUGUAACUCAUUCUGGUGGAAGGUGGCCCCAGGAACAAGGUGCCGACGAGGUAGCUGAAAGCAUUUAUCAAUUCAUUUCCUCCUUACCCAAACCCAUUAAACAGUUAGAGGAAGAACCAAUGCCCGAGCAUGUCCAAGAGAUGUUGAAAGACGCACAAAACAUUGAUCAUGACCAUAUCCACAGUCAUGGACACGAACACUAUGAUGGACACCAUGGUCAUGCCCAUGCUGGAUAUAUGGAUGCAUAUGGGCUUGGGCAUGGAUGGGAAAUGUGAUUUGCUAAUAUUUAUUGGAAAAGUGGAUUUUGCUUGCUCGUCUAAGCUCAGCUAAGAUAUAUUGAUAUCUCAUUUUUUCUCUCCUUCAAUCACUCUUGUUGCCCUGCAAGAGCUGUUAUUGCUGCUAGCUUGAAAGCGGAGAUAAUCUAUAGCAGACUGGACUGGAAGGUUUUGUUGACAAGGUUGCGUAAAUUGUUACAUGACUUGGCCUUUCAAUUCUUCCCUGUAUAAUCUUUAUUAAUGCAAUCCAGAAAUAUUGUAUGCCACGACUACUUUGAGUUGAAUUUCUUGGAGUCCUUUUAGGCUUUCACCAACUAGUUUUAUUUGGCCAUAUUGAAGUUUUACAUAGCUGCGUGUUAGCUGUUUUGACCCUGUUUUGAAGCAGUGAAAUGGAAUUCCUAUGAUGAUGUUUUUAAAUGGAUUGAAAUUUUCUAGUUGUAACUUGUAACUGGUUUGGUUUAAUAGAUGUUUGUUACGGAGUAUAUGUGAGUUUACAAUUGUCG